AUGGUAUUAAUUAAAGCAGCGGAAGAAGAGGCAAACAUUGAAGACACUCAUCCAGAACCAAAAUUGGUUCUUCAAGAAAAUAAUAUUCAAAAUAAUGAAAAUAUAGAAUUAAAUAAAGAAAAAUUUGAAUUUCAAACCGAGGUCAGUCGCUUAAUGAAACUUAUCAUUAAUUCAUUGUACAAAACACGUGAAAUCUUUCUAAGGGAACUUAUCUCAAACGCCUCUGACGCAAUUGAUAAAAUAAGAUUUUUAGCAUUAACACAACCUGACGCACUAAGCGCAAACCCAACCCUAAACAUUUCAAUAUGGGCUGACAAAGAAAACAAAAUAUUAACAAUAGCUGACAGUGGUAUUGGUAUGACCAAGAAGCAAUUGAUUGAGAAUCUUGGCACAAUAGCAAGAUCUGGUACAUCGGAAUUUUUAGAUGCGUUGGAAGAUAAAAAAGCUGAUGUGAGUUUGAUCGGUCAAUUUGGUGUAGGAUUUUAUUCGGUUUUCCUGGUGGCAGAUAGAGUUACAGUCAUCACGAAAAACAAUGAUGACAAGCAAUACAUUUGGGAAUCAAACGCAAUCAGCGAUUUCACUAUUGCCGAAGAUCCAAAUGGUAACACACUAGGUCGUGGUACACAGAUCAGAUUACAUCUAAAAGAUGAUGCUCUUGAAUUUCUUGAAGAUGGUGUUUUGAGAGGUGUUAUACUCAGGUAUUCCGAGUUUAUCAACUUUCCUAUUUGGUUAUGGACAACGAAAACUGAAACUGUUGAAAAAGAUAAACCAAAGAAGAAAACAAAAAUUGAAACUGUUGAAAUACCCGGGUGGGAAUUAAUGAAUACUCAAAAACCUAUAUGGACAAGAGAUCCAAAAAAUGUUACUGAAAUUGAAUAUGAAAACUUUUAUUCUUCAUUUGCCAAAGACCCCAGCCCUCCAUUAGCUUGGAAUCAUUUCAAGGCGGAAGGUGAAAUAGAAUUUCGAGCUAUUAUAUAUAUUCCAAGCAAAGCACCAAGUGACUUAUUUCAAAAAGUUCAAGAUUUUACACGUAAUGUGAAAUUGUUUGUUAAAAGAGUUUUUAUCACCGACGAAUUUCUUGAUUUUGUACCAAAAUAUCUUCAAUUUAUUAGAGCAAUUAUUGAUGCUGAGGACUUACCAUUGAAUGUGUCACGUGAAACAUUACAACAACACAGGGCUUUGAGAUUGAUUAAGAAACGUAUCGUUAAAAAAACGUUUGAACUAUUGGCUAGUUUGUCUAAAGAUGAUGAGAAAUAUAAGGCUUUGCUGAAAGAAUUUGGCAUCAGUCUCAAAGUUGGUGCAAUAGAAGAUAAUGACAAUAGGAAGAAGAUUGCACAGUUAUUGAAAUUCCCAAGCUCAUACAACGACCAGAAUUGGACAACAUUAGACGCCUAUAUUGGUAGAAUGAAGAAAGGCCAAGAUAAAAUGUACUUUAUCACCGGCUCAUCAAUUGAAGAGGCCAGUCAAUCACCUUUUGUCGAAGGUCUUGUUGCCAGAGGUUAUGAAGUUCUUUAUAUGGUUGAACCUAUUGAUGAGAUGUUGGUACAACAUAUGCCAGGUCAUGGUGGUAAAGUAUUCCUAAAUAUUGCAAAAGGAGAUUUUGACUUUGGUAAUAGUGAGGAUAAAGAAGAAGCGUCAAAUCUUCGUACUAAAUUUUCUAAAUUAACUAGUUGGAUGUUAUCAGUUUUAAGUCAAUCUGUUGAAAAGGUCGAGGUUUCAAAGCGUCUUACCACUUCGCCUUGUGCAGUUGUAGCAUCUGAAUGGGGAUGGACUGGUCAUAUGGAACAAAUAAUGAAGGCUCAAGCAAUAAAACAAGAUCAAAAUCCAUUAUUAAAAGAUUUUUAUGAAAAACAAAAGAGAAUCUUGGAGAUUAAUCCAAAUCAUCCUUUGAUUUUAGGAUUAUUAGAUCAAGUGGAAAAUGAUUCUGUUAAUGAUAAUACAAAAGAAAUGGAGCUUGAAGACGACUAUAUUAAUGAUAAUGAAAAAACUACCCAUGAGGAACUUUAA